AUGUCCACCACUCAGCUCCCCGUCUCCGACGUCGACCGCUACGACUAUGUCAUCGUUGGUGGUGGUACCGCCGGCUGCGUUAUCGCCUCUCGCCUGGCCGAGUCCCUCCCCCAGAAGCGCAUCCUCUUGAUUGAGGCUGGCCCCAGCGACUUCAUGGACGACCGCGUGCUCGACCUGCGCAAGUGGCUCAACCUUCUCGGCGGUGAGCUCGACUACGACUACGGCACCACUGAGCAGCCCAUGGGCAACUCUCACAUCCGCCACUCUCGCGCCAAGGUGCUCGGUGGUUGCUCAUCACACAACACCCUCAUCUCCUUCAGACCCUUUGAGUACGACCUGAAGAUCUGGCAGUCUAUGGGUGCCAAGGGAUGGACUUUCCACGACUUCAUGCGUCUCAUGGACAAGCUGCGCAACACCGUCCAGCCCGUCCACGCCCGCCACCAGAACGAGCUUUGCCUUGACUGGGUCAACUCCUGCUCCUCCGCCCUUAACAUCCCCGUCCUCCACAACUUCAACAAGCACAUUGCUCAGGACGGCGCCCUGCAGCAGGGUGUUGGUUUCUUCUCCAUCUCCUACAACCCCGAUGAUGGCCGCCGGUCUAGCGCCUCGGUCGCCUACAUUCACCCUUUCCUCCGCGGCGACGAGAAGCGUCCCAACCUCACAGUUCUUACCAACGCCUGGGUUUCCAAGCUCAACAUUAAGGGCGACACCGUCACCGGUGUCAACCUGACCCUCCAGGAUGGCUCCAAGCGCACCAUAACCUCCAAGAAGGAGACCAUCCUCGCCGCCGGCGCCGUCGAUACCCCUCGUCUGAUGAUGCUGUCCGGUGUUGGUCCUAAGCAGCAGCUCAGCGACCUCGGCAUUCCCGUCAUCCACGACCUGCCUGGUGUCGGUGAGAACCUUCAGGACCACCCCGAGUCCAUCAUCAUGUGGGAGCUUAAGAAGCCCGUUCCCCCAAACAAGACCACCAUGGACUCCGAUGCUGGUAUCUUCCUCCGUCGCGAGGCCCCCAACGCCGGUGCCAAGAAGACCUUCUUCAACCCCGACGGCAUCCCCGACGGCAACAUUGCCGACGUCAUGAUGCACUGCUACCAGAUCCCCUUCACCCUCAACACGGGACGCCUUGGCUACGAUGAGCCCAAGGAGGGCUACGCCUUCUGCAUGACCCCCAAUAUUCCCCGUCCCCGCUCCCGCGGUCGCCUCUACCUGACCUCGGCCGACCCCAACGUCAAGCCUGCUCUUGACUUCCGCUACUUCACCGACGAGGAGGGCUACGACGCCGCUACCCUCGUCUACGGCAUGCGCGCUGCCCGCAAGGUCGCUGAGCAGGCUCCCUUCAAGGACUGGAUCGCCCGUGAGGUCGCUCCCGGCCCCAAGGUCCAGACCGAUGAGGAGCUCAGCUUGUACGCCCGCCGUGCUGCCCACACGGUCUACCACCCUGUCGGAACCACAAAGAUGGGUGACGUCCGCAAGGACCCGCUCGCCGUUGUCGACGAGCGCCUCAACAUCAAGGGCCUCAAGCGGGUCCGUAUCUGCGACGCUGGCAUCUUCCCCACCAUCCCCACCAUCAACCCCAUGUUGACUGUCCUUGGUUGCGCCGAGAAGUGUGCCGAGAUGAUCAUCGAGGAGGCCCAGGAGACUGCUCGUCUGUAA